CCAAAAUAUCAUAUCUGCUUUGUGACAAAUUGUCCCUCCUUUACUCUGAGUUAUUUAAAACAGAUGAGAAACUCAUGGCCAGUUGUUGAAACCUCAGCUACCCUACAGCCCUCCAUAUAUAGAGAACAAUCAAGAGUUUUGUUUAGACAACAAUGUAGCUACAGCUUUUGGAUAUGUUUGCAUUUCUAUGGAAAAUACUCUGAGAAGAUGUGAGCGGAGCCGAAGAUACCAGUUUUGAAGAAUGGGAGACUGGACCUUACUUGGAAGAUUGUUGGAUAAAGUUCAGUCACAGUCUACCGUUAUUGGGAAAAUCUGGCUCACAAUACUGUUUGUGUUCAGGAUCUUACUCCUUGGGGCUGGUGCAGAGAAGGUUUGGGGUGAUGAACAGUCUGGUUUCGUUUGCAACACACGCCAACCUGGCUGUGAAAAUGUCUGCUAUGAUAAAGCCUUUCCUAUCUCUCACAUUCGCUUUUGGGUUCUUCAGAUUAUUUUUGUCUCAACACCUACGUUAAUAUAUCUUGGCCACGCUUUACAUGUCAUCCACACUGAAGCGAAACAAGCAAUUGGUGAAACUAAAACCACGUUCAGAAAAAGCAAGAAGACAAAGUACACUGUAACUCAUGGAAAAGUAAAAAUACAAGGAAUCCUAUUAUUUUCCUACCUCCUACAAGUUUUCUGUAAAAUUGUAUUUGAAGUUGCUUUCAUUAUGGGUCAAUGGUAUCUAUUUGGAUUUUCCUUGAGUCCCAUUUAUGUAUGUGACAGAUAUCCCUGUCCACAUAGAGUAGAUUGCUUUAUUUCACGUCCAACAGAAAAGACCAUUUUCAUUAUUUUUAUGUUGGUUGUGAGUUGUGUGUCACUUGUUCUAAACUUAAGUGAAAUAAUUUACCUUAUUUUCAAGGGAAUAAUGUUUUCCACACGUAAAAAGUAUCAUCAUCAAAUUCAACCCAGAUAUGUCUUUGACACUUUUGAUAAAUCAGUUCUCUCUGAAGCCGCAUUUCCAUCAGAUUCUAAAACAGAGCUUUUGAAAGGACAGAAACAGUGCAGUAGUCAUGACCCCAGUUCUCAAAAUAAGAUUAACGAAAGCAUUGAAACAUCUGUAGAGAAAGCAAAGGAUGAUGUAGUGAAAACGUCUAAGAAUGAAUAGGAACAUGCUAUUUCUGAGAAGAGGUAAGCCUAUUAAGUGUCAAGAGUAUCAGACAGCAACAAGAAUAGACAAUUGCAUUUUUGUAUGUAAAACAAUGUAAUAAAGAAAUGUGCAGUUAAUAAUUGUAAAGCAAUUUCUGCUGUACUAUAAAAGGGCAGUUGUUCCGUAUAAAUGUCUUCACGAGGCAACUGAAUCAAAAUGUAUAACUUUGACAACUAGGCCAGUUUUCAUCUAACAUCCUUGAAAAUCGCCUAACUAUAGUAGUCAUUUAUUGUGGGAAGUUAUGACAAAAAUAAUUCAGCGCUCAUAUGUGAUGUGUCUGUCAAUUUAAUUGCAUUUUUAAAACUGUUAUAUUGUUUGCCAAUUGACUGGUGAUAGUACAUUGUUACAAUCACACAAAUGAGUGACAAAGAGAACUUUAAUGGAGCACGGAGCCUUAUUUUAGAUUGUGUCUUUGAGUAUAUGAGAAAUGCUGUGAAGUCAAGAUCUUGAAAUGUACAAGAAGCAUUCUAGCUAUAUGCAUGGUAGAUUAUUCAUUCACAGAAUUGGUCAUGAGAUGGUAUUCCAUAUAGCUAGCUCUAAUCUUAAACUUAAGGAACCGAAGCUAUUUUCCAUUGUCAGUUAGUGUUACUAAAUUAACUUUUGUGAGUCAAUUACUAUAUUGUUUCGA